AUGCCAGUUUUUUGUAAACCAAGGUCUAUUCCAUUUGCAUAUAUUGAAAAAGUCGAAAGGGAACUUGAGCGUUUGGAAAAAGAAAAUGUGAUUGAGAAAGUGGAAAAUGCCCAAUGGGGUACACCUCUAGUGCCUGUGAUUAAGCCAAAUGGGACAGUAAGGUUAUGUGCAGAUUAUAAGACAACUAUAAAUAAGUAUUUAGAAGAUUAUAACUACCCAUUACCGAAAGUCGAAGAACUGUUUGUAGCUUUGCAAGGAGGAAAAUUUUUUAGUAAGUUAGAUUUUAUAAACGCUUAUAAUCAAUUGGAAAUAUGUGAAGAUACUCAAAAGUUAUUAGCAUGGAGUACACACAAAGGUAUAUAUAAAGUAAAGAGAUUGCCUUUUGGAACAAAACCGGCUUGUUCAAUUUUUCAGCAAGUAAUCGAAAAAGUCCUACAGGGUUUAAAAGGUGUAAAGAAUUUUUUGGAUGAUAUCAUUGUAACAGGAGUAGACGAUGAAGAUCAUUUGAACAAUUUGAGAGAAGUUUUUAAAAGAUUACUAGAUGCGGGUUUUAAACUAAAUGUGAAUAAAUGUUGUUUUUUUCAAAAGCAAGUAAAUUAUUUAGGACAUGUAAUUGAUGGGGAAGGAAUAAGGAAAGAUAAAGAUAAAGUAAAAGCUAUAGUUGAAGCAAGAAUACCACAAAAUGUGACAGAGGUUAAAGCUUUUGUAGGCAUGAUUAAUUACUAUGCCAAAUUUAUUCCAAAUUUGUCUACACUGUUGGGUCCUAUGUAUAAGCUAUUAAAAAAAAAUAUUACAUUUAAAUGGACAAACCAAUGUAAUGAAGCUUUUAAUAAGUCCAAGGAAGCAAUAACAUCAGAUUCGGUAUUAGUACAUUUUAAUCCUGAAAUACAAAUAAAACUUUUAUGUGAUGCUUCUGAAUAUGGGGUAGGUGCUGUUUUAGUUCAUGUUUUUUCUGAUGGAACAGAAAAACCUAUAAGUUAUGCUUCAAGGGUAUUAACGGUAGCUGAAAGAAAAUAUGCUGUGAUACAAAAGGAGGCUCUAGCUAUUUUCUGGAGUGUAAAAAAAUUUUCACAAUAUUUAUUAGGCAGAAAAUUCAUUUUAUGUUCGGACCAUAAACCAUUGUUAGCAUUAUUUGGGGAACAUAAUGGCAUUCCACGUAUGGCAUCAAAUAGAUUACAACGUUGGGCUUUAUUUUUGUCAGAAUUCGAUUAUGAAUUAAAAUAUGUGCAAGGCAGAAAUAAUUGUGCAGCUGAUGGGUUGUCCCGUUUACCAUUGGAAAUUAAAAGUGAUGAAAAUGAUAACGAGUACAGUUAUAUAGAUUUUGUGGAAGGAAUGAUACCUUUAGAUGUGUUGAAAAUUAAAAUAGAAACAAGGAAAGAUACAAUACUAAGUAAAGUUUAUAGUUGGGUUGAAGAAGGGUGGCCAGAAAAAGUUGAUUUAGAAUAUAAAGGUUAUUUUAUUAGAAAAAGUGAACUAAAUAUUGAAAAAGGUGUAAUUAUGUGGGGCUAUAGGGUAAUUAUUCCAAAUAAGUUGAGAAUAUUUUUAUUAAAAGAGAUACAUAGCACACAUGACGGUAUUGCAAAAAUGAAAGCGGUUGCCAGAUCUUAUUUUUGGUGGCCUGGACUUGACAAAGAAAUAGAAAGUUAUGUUAAAAGUUGUGAAGUCUGUGUAUCAUGUCAGGCUAGUCCAGUAGUAGAUAGGCAAGCUAAGUGGGCAGAAGCCGUUGGUCCUUUAGACAGAGUACAUUUAGAUUUUUUGUAUUUAAAUAACAAAAAUUAUUUAGUAUGGAUUGAUGCGUUUACAAAGUGGCCUGAAGUUAUAGAAAUGAGUAAAAUGAAUAGUGGGUAUUUAAUUGAGAAACUGAGGGAGAUUUUUGGACGUUUUGGCUUACCAAAUAAAAUCAUUUCUGAUAAUGGUCCACAAUUUCGUUCUAGUGAAUUCAUAGAAUUUUGUAAACAAAAUGGAAUUGUAUUUUAUACAUCACCACCUUUUCAUCCUGCUACAAAUGGUGCAGCUGAAAACGCAGUUAAAUCUCUUAAAAGAGGAAUAUACAAGGCAUUAAAAGAUAAAAUUAAUAAAGGUGUGACUGUGAGUACAUUAAUAAACAGAUAUUUAUUCAUGUAUAGAAACUCACCACAUUGGACAACAAAUGAAUGUCCGGCAAAAUUAAUGUUUGGGCGAAAGUUAAAAACUCGUUUAGAUUUUCUAAGACAUUCAAAAAUAAAGAAAAAUACUGAGAGUUAUAAAAAUAAAACUAUUAGAAAUGAAGUUUUCAAGGAAGGAGAUGUAGUCUAUGCGAGAGAUUUUUCUAAUCCAAAUAAAAAAAAUUGGGAAAAGGCAGUGAUAGAAGAAGUGUUAGGAAACAGAAAUUAUAUAGUUAGACUUGAAGAUAAAGAGUUAGUAUGGAGAAGACAUAUAAAUCACAUAAUUAAGUUGGAAGAAUUUAGUAAGUAUGAUGACUAUAUAAAAAACUAUGAAAAAGAGUUUUUAGAGGAAGUUAAAGAAAAAGAGAAAGAGAUAAAAACACAGGAGUUAGAAAUUAAAAAAGCUAGUGAAAAAGUUGAUGAAAAAGAGAAACAGAAUAUUACAGAUGUUAAUGUUAAUGAUAAAUUUAGUUUACCUGAAGUUAAACAAAAUAACGUUAGGCCUGUUAGAAACAAGAAGUCACCUAAACGUUUAGAUUUAUAA